AUGCAAGUUGAGCAAGGUGAGGAGGUCGGAUCGCCAACUGAACUUGCAGAGGAGUCCUCGGACGUGGACCUGGAGCCCAAGCUGGAGAAACGCAAGAGGGAGGCUGAGAUGAAGAAGAAACGACGUGCUGCUCGUGACCGUGAUCGUGGAAAAUCUGGAGGAAGUGACCAACCCCUCACAGCCCGCGAACUUCGUGCCUUACUGCUCGACCAUCGCAAAGACAUGACAACUGCUUGGCAGACCUUUGAAGACAGGCUUGGGCGCCUCGAAAAACUUGACAAAGAUCGCCGGGGUGAAGUUGCUUCAGUUGCAGGCAGGACCAAAGUCGUUGAAAAGGAUGUCAUGGCAGUCCGCAAAAUUGCGGAGCUGAACAAAAGCUCCGUUGAAGCUUGCGACAAACGUGUUGACAAGCUUGCAGAGGAAGUCCAGAACCUGAAGGUGCAGCUUGAGGAGAACAAGACAGAGCCCACGGGGGCAGCCAAGGACCCUUGGGCGGACUAUAUUCGCCAACAACAGCAAGGUCGUGCACCAUGGCCAGCUCCAUCGAUGAGGCAUGGGUCUGCACCGGGGAUGACACCAGGCAAGGCACCCGACAAUGAUGCCCACAAGCAGGUAUCCAUGGAGGGUGACUUUCUUUCAGAAGAAGACCGACGCACUCUCAUCAUCGGAGGCUGGUGCCAGGACACUCGUCGCCAGGUGAUCGAGGAAGAGUCCCGAGCUCUCUUCGACCAUCCCGAGAUCGCGCCUCUCCUGGACGUUGAUAAGAUUUCCGUUUAUGGUCCAAGACGCAGCGUGGGCACUGUUAAAUUUGCACUUCGAGAAGGUGAACGAUCGCUUGAGGAGGUGAAGGGACGCAUGUGGCAGGUGAUCAAGAUUGCAGCGAAGCUCAAACUUGCCAUUGCCAGUGCACGCACUAACGGUGAAGAUCGUACGAUGUGGGUGUCCUUCGUGAAGACUCGUACAGCGAGGACCCGCUCUUCCCAUAUCAGCAUGGUGCGACGCGUGACGAUUGACCUUGUGGGUGAGAGUAAAGAUGAUGGAGGCGGUGUCCUGAAUGAAAUGCACCUCCAACAGGGCGCGUACGACAUGGAUUGGAACGCCGGCACAAUUUGGUGUGGGAUUCAUAAGUUGGCCUCCUCCACCCACCGCAAGCCGAAAGACGCGGAGACAAUCUUGAUGACGGGAGGUUGGGUGAAUUUGGACGCCAUCGGGCUCAUCGCUGGGUGCACGGCUGAGGCGGCGAAGCAGGUUUCGCCCCUGACGAAGGGGAGAAUUCAUCUCAGGAUCUUGGCCAUACCAACCGCGGACAGUCAAAGACUUCACGUGGGACUCGACAAGAGGCGCGUGCAAGACAUCGGUGGGGAAGAUUCUCUUCCUGGAACCUCGGUGGACAAGAUGUCCAUAAAGUCGAUAUUGCUGGGCGAGAUCUUGAUAUUGUUUGUGUGCAAGAAGUUUCACGGGUGGCGAGCCGUAGGGGUGGGAAUUGCAAUUGACAAGCUUGACUCCAUCGUGGAUAAAUGUGCGACCAAUCGUGGAAUAUGGGUCCUGGCAAGACUGCGAGGACUAGGUCGUGUGGUCAUCGGGAGCAUGCAUUGCCAUACAGGUGCGACGAAUGCCAUAUACCAGGCGGCCGUGUUACAGUUCAUACAUGACUGCCCCAAAAAGUGGAGACAGUACCCGGCAUGGUGUGGCAUUGAUGCGAACGAGCAGGUGUCUUGGAGCCGAGAUACUGAUGGUCGGGACACUGUGGUCAAUGCAAGCUCGAAUCUGAACGUCUUGGUCAACUCACUCCUGGACAAUGACAUCCAACCUAUUGCCCCACGUCCAGAACAGUGGAACCAGCCUACCCAUUUUCCUCGUGAUCGUCGGCGCCGUGGACGACAGAUCGAUGCAGUUUGGGCACGACGUCUUCCUACCACUAACACAUCAAUCGAUCCUGACCGACGUCAUAUCAUUGGCACUGAUCAUGCCCUACUUUUCUGCGACGUGACCGGUGGCAAAACUUCCCCUUGUCGUUGGGGGAAUGAUUCCAGGGCACGCUACAUGACACAAGAGUUGCCCGCGGAAAUCAUUGUUGAUGCCGAGGACCUGGCAACUCUCGCUAAGAAGUGUACGAAACCAAGAACCAGCACAGCCUAUCGUGAUCCAGAUGAAGUGACUCAGGCCAUUGCCCAUGCACGUGCUACUCAUGACCCGAAGGCCUGGAAGAACGUGCACCGCAUCCGUAGACAAGCAAGGAGGACCUGGCACUCAUGGAGGCUUUCUUCUAUCCUCAACGGCAACUGGCAUGAAUAUCGUAUGCUCCAAAGAGAAAAGAAACGUCGCAGAGGAUGGUGGGGGGAACUUCUUCGCGGACGCUCAUCCAAGGACCUCACUGUGAAAGUUCAGACGCAUCUUCAGCACAAAUUGGUCAACGAAUUUGCCGAGGAUUGGGAUGACAUCUUGCAGCAACAAAUCGAGGUGAUCCAGGUUCGGGAUGACUUUGUCGGCUUCACUUUGCUUGAGUUGCGGGAAGUUUUGCAUGACAUGAAAGUCCAUAGCGCUGUCGGUCCCGACGGUAUCAGUGUUCAGUUCCUACGUGCAGCUGCAAGCGAUGACUUUAUCGCUCCGCAGUUGCUCGCUCUUGUGAACCACAUUGUGGAGACCUGUGAGCUACCGGACGGAGAUUUGGACGGACAACUUCCUGGCACUCCUCGCCAAAGUGACCUGCGCCCAAUCUGUGUUAGCUCUGCGUUCCAUAAGAUGAUCAACAAACUCAUCUGCGGACGAGUCAUGCCUCACAUGAGGGCUGGCUCCCUGAUUUCUGGCUGUGGCAAAGGCAGACAGGCAGCAGAUGUCAUUGGCACUGUAAGCCGCGUUAGAGAUGUCACGCAAGAAUGGCAUCUCCCCACUUUACUGUGCAAGCUCGACAUCUCUGGUGCGUUUGACAAAAUAGACCGUGUCAAAAUCAUGGACAUGAGCUACGCUAUCUCCUUUGCCAGUUGCCAGUUGCGUACCUAUCGACUCAAAGGUCAAGUUCCAGGGGGUGACGUCAUCAAUGUUGAUGCUAAUGUUGGCAUCAAACAAGGUGCACCCGAGAGUGCCGAAGUUUUCGGACUUGUCAUGGAUGAUAUCCUUAGUAAGUUGACAGCACAACGCGCUUGGGGUGAACUUGGUCGAGCCUUCGAGGACUCCGAUAUUGAGCUCGUGUUCUAUCAAGAUGAUAUCUUCAUUGUCGAGACCAUCCUGGCACGCCUCGCUCGCAAGAUCAAGAUCCUCGAGCGCUGUCUUGAACGCGAUGGACUACAUCUAGCGACUGAGAAAACGAAGAUUAUUUCAUCUGCGUACUACAGUGGUCCAAGAAGGGUGCAGAUCGGGGAGUCCAGCUUUGAGAUUGCAGCCCCUGAGGAUUCCGUGAAAGUCUUGGGACUCUCCUUCUCGCUUCGGGCUAAACCAUCGCAGCAAGCGCGGGAAUUGCUGGGUCGCACUCGAGACGCGGCCAUGGUCCACAAAGAACUUCUUCGCGGCCAUGCUAGUUGGUCAAAGAAAGCAGACAUGAUGCGCACACUUGUAGAGAGUCAGUUUUCAUGGACUGCUGGUGCUGUGCAUUGGACCCCUGAAGAUCUUCGACAGGCAAACAUGCUGCAAGUUCACAUCAUGCGCUCAGCGUUUCGCAUAGGUCGUCAACGAGACGAACGCUGGCAUGAAUGGAAUGCCCGCAGUAUGCGACACUGUAGAGCAUGGUUAGCCAGCAUGAAUCGUGAGCGGUGGUCCAGCGUGAUUCUCCGCCUACAACACACGCUCGCUGGCCACUGGGCCCGGCGCGAAGAAGACAUUGUCGGGUUGCCUCACCCAGUGCCUUCCCUUCCAAUGCGCGCCUGCCUUUGGAGAAACACAGCAUGGUGGCGUCAACAACAGACGUUGGGACCACGGACUGGCAAAAGACAUCCAAGAUGGGUGUUUAUUGCCAAUGUGGAACGCCAGUUAGCAGAUGCGCAUGGUGUGAGAUGGUUUGAGCUUGCCAAAGAUCGUCACUGCUGGUCGCAAAACCGUACAGACUUCCUUCGAAUGUGGGAUGUUAAGUGGUGUCAAGGACGACAAUUGGCCCUGACACUUUAG